UUGUGGUGCGUGUGUUAAGAGACAGAAUUUAAUGUAGAACUGUUGCAUCGCGCUGUAGUUUGAUUGUCAAAAAACACGCUUCUAACUGAUUUAUGUAUUUUAUUCGAAGCAAUUUUCAGACAAACUGUCACCAGAUUUGUGGUACGUGUGUUGAGAGACAGAAUUUAAUGUAGAACUGUUGCAUCGUGCCGUAUUCUGGUGGUCAAAAUCACGAUUCCGAGUGAUUUUGUUAUUUUAUUUGAAGCAAUUUUCAGCAUUUGAAACAAACAAUGCUUUCUGUGUUUCAUCCAGUGAAAAAGCUUUUGAAGCGUGCACCGGUUUGCGUUGACAAUACCUUAUUUCGGUUGCACUACAAUUACACAUUUAUUAUUUUGACCAUAUUUUCGCUGCUUUCGACAUCCUACCAAUAUUUUGGCCGGCCAAUUCAGUGUAUUGUUGACAAUCCAUCUCUUGCUGGUGUAAUCGAAACUUACUGUUGGAUAUCAACCACCUUUACAAUUCCGAGCCGAAUGACUGGAGUGGUUGGUCGUGACUUAAUUCAGCCAGGUGUAAUGGGUCACAUCGAAGGCGAAGACGCAGUGAAACACCAUAAAUAUUACCAGUGGGUGCCAUUUGCGCUAUGUUUUCAAGCAAUGCUAUUUUAUAUUCCACGUCAUCUGUGGAAAACGUGGGAAGGUGGUCGCAUUAAAAUGCUUGCAACCGAUUUGAUCAUGCCAACUGAAGAGAAAGAUAAACGAAUGAAAAUGCUCAUCACCUACUUCCAAGACAAUUUGCUACGAAAUAAUUUCUAUGCGCUUAAAUUUUACAUUUGUGAACUUCUCAAUUUUGUGAAUGUCAUCGCGCAAAUAUAUUUUAUGGAGUACUUUUUGGAUGGCCAAUUUUCAACGUACGGUAUAGAUGUGUUACAAUUCAUGGAAAUGGAAUCAGAAAUUCGAGACGAUCCCCUGUCACGAGUCUUCCCAAAGAUGACUAAAUGUACAUUUCACCAAUAUGGACCAUCCGGAAGCGUUCAAAAAUUUGACAGCAUGUGUGUAUUGCCGCUCAACGUUAUCAACGAGAAAAUCUUCAUAUUUCUAUGGUUUUGGUUUCUAAUGUUAUUCAUUUUAAAUGUGCUCUGGUUAUUGUAUCGAACAUUGGUGGUGUUUUACCCAACACUUCGACUUUAUUUGUUGCGUUGUCGAGCAAGAACUUCAUCAUCCCAAGAUAUUGGCUACAUUUGCAAAAAGUGUCUCAUCGGAGACUGGUUUUUACUCUAUCAAUUGAGUAAGAACAUUGAUCCAUUGAUUUUUAAAGAGUUUAUAAUAGAGUUGGCUAAUCAUUUAAGCGGCAAGCAUAACGUUUGAUACUAAUAUUAAAAUUAGUAAUAAAAGAAAAUUAAAAUACAAACAUGUCGGUUAAAUUAAAGUACAAACAAAUGACAAUUGAAUAAAGAACUGAAAA